CAUAUUAUCAUCAUUUGCAUUAAAUAGUCGUGACCUGUGAUAAACCUACAAACAAGGUCACGUAUAUAGCCGUUUUAAAUAUAGAACAGUUCAUAUUAUCACUAAGACUGUCAACCAUUAUACUGACAUAAUAAAUGUGCAAUCACGGAGGGUUUAUAGGAUUGCAUCAAAUGAAGGAAUAUUCGUAAAGUCAUAAAUAUUGUAAUAAAAGAAAUUGUAAAAUGUAUUGGCUUUUAGUUUUAGUGAUGUUUUUAUUGAUAUUGACAAUUACUUGGCUUACAUUACGUAAAAUAAAAAUAGGAAACAUUAGCAGUCGAUAUGUGCCAGUAACUGGUUGUGAUUCGGGAUUCGGCAAUUUGCUGACAAAACAGCUAGACUUGCUAGGUUUCCACGUAUUUGCUGGGUGUCUGACACAAGCUGGAGUAGAAAGUGUGAAGAGCGAAUGCUCAGACAAGGUAAUGGCAAUACAAAUGGAUGUUUCAAAUGACGAAAGCAUCAAACAAACGAUAGAGGUCAUCAGAAAAAAGAUUCCAUCUGAGAAAGGUUUAUGGGCAGUCGUCAACAAUGCCGGGGUUUUAGGUAGUAUAGGUCCAUCAACAUGGCAAACACGACAGGACUACGAAAACAUCAUGGCUGUAAACGUAUACGGGGUGAUAAUGGUCACGAAGGCGUGCAUGCCAUUGAUUCUUAAAGAGCAUGGAAGGGUCAUCAAUACUGCAAGCAUUGCGGGAAGAUUUGCAUUCGGAAGCCCAUCCUAUUGUGUAUCUAAGUAUGGGGUGGAGGCAUUUUCUGACGUUCUCAGACGUGAAAUCUAUAGAUCGGGUGUAAGUGUUCAUAUUAUUGAACCAGGAUUUCACAGAACGCCCAUACUGGACAGAGAAUCAUACAGACAAAAAGUGAACGACAAGAUAAAACAAUUACCACAGGAUAUAAAAGACAGUUUGCCAUGCAAUUUAGUUGACACGAUGAUGGUAGGAUUUGAUACUUUCCUCGAAAAGGUUGCAUCAUCCAAAGUUUAUGAGGUUGUUGAUGCCUAUAUUCAUGCGAUUACCUCACAAUUUCCUAAGAAGAGGUACCUUGUUGGUUUUGAUGCAAAAUUCAUAUUUCGCCCAUUGUCAAUGUUACCCGAGUGGAUCAGUGAUUGGGUAAUAGUAAAAAUGUUACCUUGAAUGAUCAAUGAUUAAGUGGAUCAGCGAUUGGGUAAUAGUGAAAAUGUUACCUUUUGUGGACCAGUGUUUGAGUGAUAAUGAACAUGUUACCCUAAGUAGAUCAGUGACUAGGUGGUAGUGAAAACCUUGAUUGGAUCAGUGAUUGGAUGAUAAAAAAUGAAACCUUUGUUGAUCAGUGAUUAAGUCAUAGUGAACAUUUUACGUUUAGUGAAUCAAUAGUUUCAGGAUAAUCAAAAUAUUUCAGUGAUUGGAUGAUUAUGAAAAUUUGCCUUAACUAGUGAACAUGCUACCCGAGGUUUGCAGUAUUUGAGUGAUAGUGAAAAUGUUGCCUUGAGUUGAUAAGUGAGUGGAUGAUAGUAAAAUGCUUUUACAAAUGAAAUAACAAAAUGAGAUCCAUUGUACAAAAACAGAUAUGCCAGUAUGCUGAUGUACAAAGUACACGUUAGGCAGAUUCUACAAUAAAGGUAGUAUGACUUAUUUCGCCGCCAGUGCUACAACUACAUUUACUAAAACUGGCAAGAAGGUCCUUUGAAAGGAUAGAAAGCAUGAUACGCAACCAAUCAGGUCCGCUUUCAUUGUGUCUAGUAACAGAAAGAAAUGACAUAUACAACCCAAUUAAAAAACCCUAACACCAGUUUCAGCCUUUUGUAGAUCUUAAAAUACAUUGAAUGAACUCUAUGAUACUGAAGGACGAGAAAAUAUAAGAAGUUCCAGAACAGGGACACAUUUUACGGCCAUCGCAGAGCAAUUAAAGAGUGUUGUUUUGAGUAUUGAUAAAUCUGCAAGAACAGCCUUUGGAAGUGUAGCCGACUAUUAAUGUCGAAUUUGACUUUUUUUCAGAAUAGGAACGUACGUGAUGUCUAUUUCAUGUUCUCUCACCAGACAUUGAUUUUAAUUUAUAUUCUUUAAAGUCUUUUAUGGUUGCAUACAGCUUGCUUUGAUGUAUAUAAAUGUGCUCUUUUUGACAAUUGUCCUGUUUAGAAAAUCCUGUUUAACGUCAAAAAUUGUGUUAACAUUGAAAAUCAUUAAGUUUGUAAUAUGAGGAAUUUGUAAUAUAAGGAAAAACAGACUACAUAAGUUCAAAAAGUAGUUUUCAGAGUCAUGGUUUAUAACUCUAUUAUAUUGGUCUCCGUAAACUAUAUUUAAUGUUCGCAUUGUUAACAAGGAAACAUUAUCUGAAUACACGAUACAAACAUUAUAUCCAGUGAGGUUAUCUUCCUGAUAACA